UUAGCUGCUGCGCUUUGUAUUUUGUUUGAUAGAAUAAAAAGGGGAUUAACGAAAAUAAAAGUCGGUCGUUUUUUGAUUUUGACAAAAGUCACGUUUACAGGACAGUUUUUGUUUCAUGUUUGUUAUUCACACCGGCCAACGGCCGGCUGAUUCCUUUAAAGCUGCCGUUUCUGAGAAGGAAGGAGUUUCGUUUCGCGGAGUUCCCCUUCUUGUUCCAGUGAACGCAAACCAGGAAAUACGUUCAUUAUAUUGGAACACGCUGCGUAUUGGCCCCACUUCAUUAACUGACAUGUCAGCUGCUGUUUGUACCUUUAUCCUGACGUUUUUCACCGUACUCGGACCCACAGUUGUAUCAGGAGUCCUGAGUCCACCCACAAAUGUCCGCUUGACCUCCUAUGACAUGAAUCUGUUGCUGGUAUGGGAUUCACCUGACGGUGCAGCCAGCGGCCUCGUCUACACAACUCAGUACAGAGCCUACUUGUCAGACUACAGAGUGGGCUGUGUGAACAUCUCCAGCCUUGAAUGUGACUUGAGCCACCUCUCCAGCUCCAUAUCGGAGUAUGGAAAGUAUACUGGCAGAGUGCGGGCACAGUUGGGGACAGAGAGCUCCGCCUGGAUGGAAAGUAACCAAAUUACCUUGGACCAAGAUAAUCCUUCAAGAAUCCUGCAAGAAAUCCUUUUGAAGAUGGCCUCCAUCAUCAGUUCUCCCAACGUCUCUCUCUUCUCCAAUGGGGCUGCUAUUGAAGUCAGCAUUAAAGAUCCCGUGUUCACAAUCUCUGCACUCAGGAAGGCUUACCACUCUGCCACUUACAACAUCACCUAUUGGAAGGAUGGCCAGAUGGAGAAGGCAAGAAGCACGAGCAACAUACAGCAGAAUCGAGUGGUUCUCAGUGACCUGGACCCUUGGACCAAGUACUGCAUCCAAGUCCAAAUCAACACCAAGUUGAACCUCAAUCCCAGCAAGCCCAACACAGCUGUUUGUGCGAGUACCACAACCGAAGAGGCUCCUUGGGUGGCAGCCAUUGUGACGUUCGCCAUCGUGGCAGUGACAGUGGCUCUGCUGGUGGUCGCAGUGGUGUAUCGGAAACGCAUUACCCAUUUUUUCUGUCCAAAAGAUUUACUGCCUGCGCACUUCAAAGAGUACCUGCUGGCACCGCUCAACUCGGCCAUGUACGUGGCUAUGUGUAACUCUCGUCCACCUGACGAGAUUUACAAUCCGAUCAUCGUCACAGAUGGCAGGACUGUAGAGGAAGGGCAGCCGCUGGAGGCAAUAGGGAGAAGUUGCAGCAAACAGACUGACAGCACAGAGAUAGAGGCAUAGAGAAGCAGGGAAAGGAUCCGUUCUUGCUUUACUUCAGAGAUGUAAUGCAACCAAUUCUGUAGCAGGUCCAUGUAGGUCCCAGAGCAGCAGUUAGACAUUGACAAAUUUGGUGCCACACCAAACAACGAGAUGUCAACAAGCCAAUUACAUUCACGACUUUCAGUCAAGUCCUCCUCCCCUGAGGUCACAGACUUUUUACUCUUAGAGAUCAAUAAACUCUCUUGACCAGAA